AGCAGAAAGGAAGCAACCCACAUUUUGGAAAAAAUUGAGUUAUGAGUGGUUUUGAGCUCAACCAAUGCUCUACUAUCCAUCGCUAAAAAUUCAAAGUUUUUGUUGGAGCAAAUUUUGCAGAAAUUGAACUUGAGGUUUAUCUUUUACAUUGAGUCUUAUGCAGGAGCCAAACUUAAAACCUCUUUUUCUCGGUCCGAUCCCGAUGUGCCUUGGUUCCUUUCUGUUUAACUCCGUGCAAUUGAUUUAGGGGGGAAAAUUGUAAGCCUUAGACUAUUUUACACUAAGAAUUCCUCAGGGAAUAAUUUAAAAUCUUCAUUGAAAUAUGCUAGAUUUUGAAAUAAAUUUUUGAUACCUCAAGAUGACAAUCGAUCUCAGAGAUGAAGAAUGCACUCAACGAUCACUGAAUUGGAUUUGCCAUGUCUCUUCAAUCAUGCUAGGAUUUUCUGUAAUUUUUUCGGAGGGUUUCUAUUUUGUCACAGAUCAACAAUAUGAAGAAGAAUUGAAAUUAGGUAACAUUAUUCCAGAUGUUGUCGACAAAAUACCAGAGGACGUUCUCCAAGUUGAAUAUUACAAUGGAAUAGAACCAAAUCUGGGCCAUAUUUUAACCGCUCAUGAGGUAUACAUACCUCCUGUGUCUGUAAGGUGGAGAUUGGUUGAUAGGAAAAAAUUGCACACUAUCAUACUCAUGGAUCUAGACGCACCAAUUACAGAAAAACCAACAGAUCGGUCUUACGUGCAUUGGAUGUUGACGAAUGUGAAAGGAGAACAAUUUAGAAAACCAAAACGCAAUGUAAAGGCUGCUUACCAGCCAGUGAUAGUCCCAGAGGAGGACAAAGGAAAACAUCGGUUGGUGUUCCUUUGUUACAUCCAGAAAGAAAACAUCACCAUCGAGGAAAAAUUCGACGAUAAAGAUGGAAAUCCAGAUAAGGCAGCUAGAUCAAAAUUUUCGCACAGUAAAUUUGCAGAGAAAUACAAUUUCGACCGUCUGACCGCUCUCAACUGGUUUUACGUGGAGCAUUACCCAAAUUUUACUUACACAACUAUCCACCCAGAGGCACUUAAAAUUUAAUUGAGGAAAAUAAUCGUUAAACUCUUGAAAUAAAUUGAGACUUUGACAUUAAAAAUUGAA